GCUGCAGAGAAGCACCUUCCACUCUGCAGCGGUGCAGCGGUGAGGCCGUACGCUGACGACAUGCUGCUGCUGCUGCUGCUGCUGCUGGCGGCUGGAACUCAGGCUCAGAGCGGAGACGGAGACACCGACACAGAGCCCAGAAUCCUCUGCAGCUCUGACAUCCUGAGAACAGGCAGCAGUCUGAGCUGCCGACUGCUCGGAGGCAGGAACAACAACGAGGACGACGAAGACGCCGAGGCCGACCGCAUCAUGAACAUGACAGUGUGCUUCUCGGACUACUAUGAGAAUAGGAUCAAGUGUUUGAGUGAUGGCGGAGAUGUGGUGAGCUUCAGAGGUCGGACUCCGGUUGUUCCCGUGAAUGUGAAGGUCCACCUGCAGAGAGGAGGAACCGUUAACGUCACCGUCAACCUGAUGAAGAUCGUUAAACCGAGAAGUCCUCAGGUGUUGAACGUCUCUUUCGACAUGGAGGCGAACCAGGCCGUGAUCCGUAUUCAGACUCCGUACUUCAGCGAUUACCUGAAACUAGACAACCAACUCUUCCAGCUGCGCAUCUGGAACACAAGCAGCACAAUCAUUCAGAACAUCUCUUCAGACACUCUGCCGAUUGACAUGGACUUUCUCCAAAAACAAGCUGAGUAUCACGUCGAAGUGCGAGCGCUGCCGGUGAGCAUUCUGCAGGGAAGCUGGAGCGACUGGAGUCAAACGUUCACAUUCUUCACUCCCCCGGGAGAAAACAUCCCACAACAGCCGGAUGAAAAACUGAUAGUGUGUCUCAUCGUUCUGGUGAUUGUGCCUUCAAGUGUCCUUUUCUUCCUGAAAAACAAAAUAUUCACCUGUGUGUGGCCGAGCAUCCCUCACCCCAAACACACUCUGGUGCACAUCUGCAAGCCCAAUAAAGGCCUCCUGUUGAACUUUAAACCAGAGGUGUUCAGUGCCCUUAAAUUGGAGAGAACAGAGGAGCAGCCGUGUGAAACCGUGUCUUCGCUCGCUUCCAGCGAUGCCCAGUCAAGCGCUCCCAGCUCCACCCAGAGCUCCGACUGCUCCCGGAGCGCUUCCAGCGUCGACACAGAGGAGCUGGAGCUGUCUGCCCUGCUGAGCAGGGGCUCUGUCCACGGAGAAGACAGCCUCCACGGAGAAGACAGCCUCCACGGAGAGGACAGCCUUCACGGAGAGGACAGCCUUCACGGAGAAGACAGCCUCCACGGAGAUGACAGACUACACGGAGAUGACAGCCUACAUGGAGAGGACAGCCUACAGAGCAACGGUCCUUCCCCCGGGGACAGAGCUCUCACUCCUCCGUCUGACGGAGGACACGAGUACGUCACCAUGUCCAGUUUCUAUCAGAUCAAGUAGUUCAGGAGGAGAAAGAGGAACAGGAUCUUUAUCAAACUGCUCAGAAUGUUUCCAAUCAGGAGAGGACACAAAAUGAUUGAAUGGCUAAAAAAGGUCUUGCAACAAAAUUGAAAAUGGGACAAAAAUAUCAAAAGAAUUGACACAACCACCGUCACCAUGUUCAGUUUCUAUCAGAUCAAGUAGGUCAGGUAGAGGAACAUUGAUGGACAAACAAAUAGAACGAGGAUCUUUAUCAAUCAGAAGUGGACACAAAAUUAUAAAAAGGUGAAGCCAUGCCCUUCCUAUGUCCACAAUGGGACUUUAUUUCAGUAAAAAUGCAUCCGGUAGACAAUGUUUAACCUACGACAAACUUAUCUUUUAAACUGACAAGCAUCAAAUGUGCAUUUCUUGGCUCAAUUCAAACAGGAUCUAAAUAUUAUGUCACCUUGUUUUGUUGCAACAGGAUGUGAUGAUUUUUGCCAAGAGAGAUGGUGGAGCUGGGGAGCAUGACCCGGCCCAGCCAGUGUUGUUUAAUUGUGAUGCGAAAGCUCUGAAAAAUCCACUUUAUUGUAGCGUGAAAUUUUCACAGUGUGUCAAAGUAGGAUAAAAAAAGGAUUUUUACUUUUAACAUUCACUUGAUGCAGAAUGUAGCACUUUGCAAAACGUGUGCUACUAACCCAGACGUUUCAAAUGUAGCUUUUUGAGUUUUUGUUGUUGUUGCUUUUGAUGCCAUAUGAUUAUAUAAGUACAUAUUCAUCAUAUCUUAUACAUGGUAUACUGACAUACGUCCUCUUACAGUCGCCUGGCGUUGGAGGAACUUUAGAAGAUCAUACCCGUGUUUCUGCAUGUUUUACUACAAAUCACAGAAAGAUGUUUCCAGAGCAUACUACCUUCAAGGCUAAAAUCAAUCAGUAGAGGGUCAGGUAAUCUUAGCUGGAGAGAAUGACCAUAGAUAGCAAAAGAAAUGGACACAGUGAUGCCAUAGACUUCGAUGGAGACCAGUGAAGUCUAUUAGAAGCACUCCGGUGAUGGCUGAGCGUUACUACGCAACCUCAAAUUGAGCUUGACAACGUAGAUGUGAUGUGAUCAACCUGUCUAAAAGUUGUAAGUCUUCUGGUAGCUGUGCCAAGAGAAAUCUCAAUCAUUCUGUAUCUGGCAGAGAGGGAGAGCAUGAGUAGGAGCUUUACAUGAGCGUAGAAGCAGGAGCAAAACGUUGCUGAAAUAUUUUGUUCCGAUGCUUUCAUGGACUCUCUCUGGGCUUCUACCUUGACUGUAUGAUGCCUCCACGUCCCCCCGAUUACCUGCGAGAUUCUCCUGUACUAUACGGUAAUUUAUCUUCUGUGCGACAGAAAGUUGCGUGGUUAUGACACA